AUGGCUACGGAAUAUGAAAUCAUUCAACAGGAAAAUGAGCUACUCCACAGGCAGAUGGAAUCGAUAAAAGAGGAGCGAGAUGAAGCAAUCACAAAGCUCGAAAAGAUGAAAGAAUCAUUAUCUGCAGCGGAUGAACGAAAUAUGAAUACUGAGCGAGAGUUGGAAGAAGCUCUGAGUGAAAACAUACGACUUUAUGAAAUGGUGAAAUCUGCACAGCCCGAGAAGUCAGAGAACGCAGUGCUCAUCGGCCUGCAAUCUGAAAACCAAAAACUCAAAGGCGUGAUCGUGCGUUUGUAUAACACCUAUACCGAGGAGAAGCAGAAGUUGGUAUCGCAGUUGGACGAAUUAAAAACAUCGCUUCGCACCUUUCGAAACGAGGAGCGAUCCGAGUGCAGUCAGCUCUGUGCGACCUAUCUCAUGGAAAUCUCCAACCUGCGUGAUCAACUCACCGCAUCGCAAGAAGCGGCUUCGCGGAUUUUCGUGGACUCCGCAGAGCUCUCCUCGCUCCGCCAAGAGAACGACGCCAAUCGCACGCUGCUCCAGCUUGACCGCGAUCUCCUCGAAGAGUACGACGCGCUGGUUACCGAAAGCGAUUCCCAGCUCACAGCCAACGAGAAGACCAUCCAGGACCUCGCUCUCGCGCUGCGGCGAGCCCAGGAGGAACGCCAAGUCCUGGAGGACGAGCUGCAGACCUGCCGGCGCCGCCUUCGGAUGUUCGAAAGCGCGAGCGACGCGGGGGAAUCGGCGAUGAGCACGCUGCAGCGGUUGGAGGGGCUGCGCGCGGAGAACGAGGCGAACGGAAGGGAGAUCGAUCGGCUGCGCGGGGAGAACGCGCUGCUGCGAAUCGAAAGCUCGCAAUGGGAGGUGAGUUUUUCCCGCGUGGAGUCGGCAUUGCCGAGCUUCGUGUCGAGCUUCACGAAGCAUCUCUCGGAUUUGUCCGCUCUGGAGGAACUGGCGGCGAUUUCUUCGCGUCUCGUGACCGGGUUUUUGGAUCGUCUGGCGCCGUUCUCGCUCCCUCUCUACUCCUCCUUCUCUCGCUGCCUUCUCUACCUCACACAGAUCGCCGACUCUGCCUCGCAGUGCUGUCUCCUCGCGCGGAAUCCUUUCCUCACCCACGCCACCUACCUCCAACUCGUCGCCGAUCUCCGUCCGCCCGUCGACCGCCUCCUCGCCUUCCUCCGCGACCUCGCCUUCUGGAGCUUCCAGUACGGCGCCGCGCCCUCCGGAUCGCCCUGGGAGCUCGGCAAGGACGUGCUCAGCGCCGCCGUCGUGCUGCAGAAGUUCCUCGCCUCGGAAGGAAGCCAGGGCGACGCGAUCUGGCGGCGGAACGUCGGGGUUCGCCGGUCCAUCGGGCAGGUUCGCGAGGUCCGGAUGCAGCUCCGCUUGGUGGCCGCGCUGCUGGCCGCGCAGCGGCGACAGGCCGGCGAGGCGCGGGAGCUGGAGCCCGCGGUGCGCGGGCGCGUGGUGGAAGCGCUGGAGGAGGUGCAGAGCGGCGUGAAGGGCGCGAUGGGCGCGGCGGAGCAGCUGGACGGGAAGCUGGGCGCGCUGCGCGAGGCGAUGGAGCGCGAUGGGAUGGCGGGGAUCCCCGCGAUGUGCGUGGAGGGGGACACGGCGCCGACGGCGUCGCCGCAUCUGAGCUGUCUGGACAACAGCGCGCUGUGGAGCGCGGUGGCGGCGUUGAAGGGUGGGGCAGCGAGAGAGAGAGGAUAG